GGUAUAGCCGGCGGCGGUGGUUCUAAAUGCUAAACAGAAGUCAUAGGUAAACACUACCUCGAUAGAGGAGUAAAUUUCGCUCUCCAUGAUUGCAAUUGCUUGAGCGGAAACAAAAAUCACGAUUUUCAUUCAAUAGGAGACAACAUCACCUUCAAUAUCUCGGUCGCCCUAGUUUGCUACUGUAGCAAUGAAGCUGGCACUGACAAUAGACCAUGAAUUCAGUCCACCUUCAUUUCGUCCAGGGGAUUCAUUGCGAGGAACAUUAGAGAUACGGGGAUGCUUUUUUAAACAUCUACCGCGGAUCACAGCAACGUUAUGGGGUAGACUGAAAGUCAAAGCCUCCCCUGACUUCAACACCUGUUAUCCCACUGAGUAUAAUUAUAUGCUAUUCGAACAAUCAGAGGACCUCAAAAUUUUGCAACCAUCCCCUGCCAAUGACAGUCCUAACGGCUGUGUCUAUUUGUGUCCUAUAGAGUUCAAGUUUCCGACUGGUCUCAAUUGUGCGUGUAAUGAAACCUGCCAGCUACCGUCGUCAAUGUCUGUCAACAAUGGGAAGCUCUGGAUAAAAUCGACUUAUUUGUUAUCUGCUGCAGUGGAGCGACGUAUCCUCGGGAAGAUAACCAAACGUAAAAGGGUCCAACGAGAGCUUUUGUUCAGCUGUAACCCUAUUAUUAUUGACCUCGCAGCAUCGUGUACCGUCGCACUUUCCGCCGAUAAGCUAAAACAAAGCUUUACACGUGGCUCCAGAGACAUUGUUAGGCCCAACCUUGAUGAAUCUCUGCCUUUAUAUUCUCCGUCCUUGCACAUGGAGAUAAUUCUACCAGAGCCACCACUCCUAAUACGUGGACGGGGGACGCCGGUGAGAUUGAUGCUCCAUACCCCGCGAGAGUUAAUGCAAGGGGCCGAUAUCUACGUCCGGAGCGUAGAAAUACAAAUGCAGACCACCAUGUCAGCCUUUUUACAACCUACGUGGCAAAACAUAACAGAAACCCGCCAUGCAAACACUAUGAAUGGAGCGGUGCAAAUUAAGUCAGAGCAUUUUGAGCUGAACCUAGGCGCGUGGGGCACAUUUAUUGUUACUCAAUCCCGGCCGUCAUUAAAUUCCUGCCUGCUUAAAAUUGAUUAUGCAAUCCAAGUUAUUGCUGGUAUAUCUAAUGGCUUGGAAAGCUCUAUACAGUAUUUGAAAGCAUCUUUGGACGUCCUUGUAAUGGACCCCCCUCCAACGUAUCAAGCUGCGGCACAUAAUAUGGUGUGA